CACGUGAUAUCCCUUGGCGUCACAUCACAAUGAUGUACCCCACACGGCCCACGGUGUUUCUGGCCAUAGCGUCAUCUAUCAGCGAACGAAACGAAGGAGACGGGCCGAGGCCGUUGCACCUAACUCAACUCACCAACCGGCGCGACGAGACCGUUUCAUCCCAUCCACCCAACCCAACACCACAUAUCCAAUUGUGCAACGCCAAUUAACGAUGCUGUUGUGGAUGUCGACCAUAAAUUGACAAUCGUAGUUCAGAGCAAAUCCGGGAGUCUAUUCCCAACCAAAGCUAUGGCGGCAUCCCGCCGCGGCCAGCCCGAGCUGCAAGUCCGGCUUCCUUCCACCUCCAACGUCGCGACACCCGUUACCUUGCCCGAUCUGCCUCCCAUAUCCGCCCUCUUCCUGAUCAAUUUCGACGUGAAGGCCGGCUAUACCAUCUCGUGGAAGGCUGCACAACCCGGGGUCGAGCUAGAGGGCGUCGUGGAGUACAAGUCCCUUCCGUCCGGGCUACAUACUGUCUCUGAGGAUCUGAUAUAUUUCGUGCAUGACGGGUAUGCGGGGUUGAGCGCGUUCGUUAAUGCGCCCGUUGAGGAUAGCGAGGUGCGCAAUGCCAGGAUGCUCGCCGUGGGAGUGCUGGUGCCGUUGAGCUAUGGUCGAUUAGGAAGAGCUUGGAGACAUGCCGAGCGUUUGAAAGCGAUAGCAUCGGCGCUUGCUAUGGAUAACAAAGAUAUCAGCUUGUUGGAAGAUUAUUGGCAAAAGUGUCAGGCUGAUCAAGAGUCGGCUAUUCCAAGUGAAUCCAUCGAAUCUCCCACAGUCACUUUCCAAACGCCCUCGAAGUUGUCCAAGGGCCACCUUAGGAAUCGUUCGGCCUCUGAUGGAGCAGCUUUGCUUGCGCCUGGCCAUAGACUAUCGCCAUUCCAUCCUGCUUGGAGCCUAACAAAGUUGUUAGACACAUUCGGUCCGCUAAUAUUUCCAAUACAUCGUGCUGCAUUGCUGCGCAAGCGCAUUCUAAUAUCGUGCCACGCACCCGUACAGGAAGCCUGCAAUUUCGUUUACGACAUAUCUAUUCUAUCCAAUAUCCCCCAACCAACCUUUGACAUCCUAUCUUCCAGCUCACCCCCACAUCGCCUACGACCACUCUUCUCCAUCGGCGUCCACGACAUCCCCUUCCUAAUCGAAGACUCUAAGUCCAAACCCAACACCAAUGACCCCUCAGAUAAUGAGGCCGAGGUGGAGACCGGCUGGAUAGCCUGUACGACCGACAGCAUCCUCGCCAAGAAAGAUACACUUUGGGACGUCCUCGUCACCAUGCCGGCUCCUUUCUCCUCCAACGCGAAACGCCACGUCUGGCCCAAGAUCGAGGCUCCGCAAGGCGUUUCCAUCAAAGCGACCCAGCGCGACUUACGCCGCUUCCGCUCCCUCAAAGCCGGGCUCGCCCGCCUACAGGCUACCAGUCCCGGCACCUCGCCCACGACUCCAGGGACCGUGGCUCAAGAGGUAGACGACCCGUUCCUCGACGAGGCCGAGGAGAGGGAGGUCGUCGAGCCCCUGAGCUGGACCGCGCUCGCGUAUAACGGGUUCAUGUGGUGGGCCUCGGCCGGCGAGCAGGCGCGCGCGGAAAGAGCCGAGGAGAGCGCUCGCGAGGCAGAGCUCCUGGCCGACUUGUCCUCGACGCGGAUGGAGGGCCCGCGCGCUUCGGCGGACCUCUCGACGUCUAUCGCCUCGUUGGCUCUGCGCCGCGCUUCCUCCGCACACGCCGAUCCGGACGAGGCGCGCGCGGAACUCACGCUCAUCACAUACUUCCACAGGCUCACGACGCAGAUCCUGGGGACCUUGGCUGAUAUAGUCGAGAGCACUAGCGACGAAGACGACGAUGACGUAGCGGAGGAAGGGGAAGAGGACAGCGACGACGCGGCGCUGCUCCCCGAUUCCGGAGAGGAAGAGAUGGACGCCCGAGGUAUCCGCAUCGAGAGCGAUGCCGUAGCGCGCAUGGGUCUCGAUGUCUGGAGCGCGGCGGACGCGGAGUUCGUGAGGGCGGCGGUGAAGAUCUAUUUUGGCCGCAGGGCGUACGUCGAGGGGAAGGGGGUUGAGGUUUGCGGGGUCAGGGUCUGCUGAGUAGAUCUAUAUCAAGCUGGCAUGCGCUAGUGACGACGAGAACGGGGCCGAGGAGUGAGGAGUCGAGGGAAGGGGAAGUUCUAUUUAUUGUAUAAUUACAGGCUUUGGCUUACCACUGGUGAGAGAAGGCCGGGAGUGCGGUAAGGUUAAUGGAGAGGGUUAAUCAGUGCAGAUGGGAAGGCGAACGUGGCGCUUUUCUCCCACGUAUUUAAGUGUAUACCGCAUCAAGUAUCCUCGUAUAAAAACCAGAAACUUACAUGAAUACAUUAUUCAAAUAUUUAGGAAGACGCUCGUGGCUUUUUCUGCUUUCAGGGAUGGCCUUAGGGGGGCGUCGGAUGGAAAGUCUAUGCCUUGUUUCUAAUUAUAUAGAACGACAAUAGGAUCGAAUGAAUGUAGAUGAUCAGAUGUAGAUGAAGAAUGG